UGACCGCACAGCUUUUCAUUUCAUCAUAAAGAAGGCAAACAAAGCAAUCACUCUCUUUCUUGGAACCCUGCAAGAAAUACCUCUCUUUCACUCUCAAAAAACCCCCAGUUUUUCAUCACGGCUUCGCUGGAUCUGCUAUCUCGGCUUGAGAUUUAUCUACUUAUUUGUAUAAACGACUUUUGCAUCCAAGAAAGAGUGGUCCCUCUUUGUUAGUCUCUCCAGUGAGAGAAGCUGACGCUGGUGAUUUCCAUUUUUGGGUCUCUUGUGAGUGGGAUUCCAAAGAGAGAGUAGGUUUUGACCCAACAAAAGAGAUGACAAUAAGAACCCCAGGAACACCAGCUUCUAAGAUUGAUAGGACACCAGCAACAACCCCAGGAGGGGCUAAAGCAAAAGAAGAGAAGAUUGUAGUUACUGUGAGAUUAAGGCCUUUAAACAAGAAGGAACAGUUAGCUAAAGACCAAGUUGCUUGGGACUGUGUUGAUGACCAUACUAUUGUCUUUAAGCCACCCUCUCAAGAACGAGCAGCUCAACCGGCUUCUUUCGUGUUUGAUAAAGUUUUUGAUCCCUCUAGUAUAACUGAAGCUGUGUAUGAAGAUGGAGUGAAAAAUGUUGCUUUGUCUGCUUUGACGGGCAUAAACGCAACCAUAUUUGCAUAUGGGCAAACUAGCAGUGGGAAAACAUACACGAUGAGAGGGAUAACUGAGAAAGCUGUUAGUGACAUAUAUAAGCAUAUAAUCAAUACUCCGGAAAGAGAUUUUACAAUUAGGAUUUCUGGACUAGAAAUCUAUAAUGAAAAUGUCAGGGACCUAUUAAAUUCCGAAUCUGGUCGCAAUCUCAAGCUUCUAGAUGACCCGGAGAAAGGUACUGUGGUUGAGAAGUUGGUAGAAGAAACAGCAAGUAAUGAUAAGCAUUUAAGGCAUUUAAUCAGUAUUUGUGAAGCGCAAAGGCAAGUUGGGGAAACUGCCCUUAAUGAUACUAGUUCACGGUCACACCAAAUUAUAAGGCUGUCAAUAGAGAGUACACUUCGAGAAAAUUCAGAUUGUGUGAGAUCUUUCGUUGCAAGCCUGAAUUUUGUAGAUCUAGCUGGAAGUGAAAGAGCUUCACAGACACAUGCAGAUGGUGCCAGACUCAGGGAAGGUUGUCAUAUUAAUCUUAGUUUGAUGACUCUGACAACUGUGAUUAGAAAGCUCAGUGUUGGAAAACGAAGUGGACAUAUACCAUACAGAGACUCGAAGCUUACUCGCAUAUUGCAGCACUCACUUGGUGGUAAUGCACGCACUGCCAUCAUAUGCACUCUAAGCCCGGCUCUGAGCCAUGUUGAACAAUCCCGAAAUACCCUUUACUUUGCCACACGAGCUAAGGAAGUCACUAACAAUGCCCACGUUAACAUGGUAGUUUCAGAUAAGCAGCUUGUGAAACAUCUGCAGAAGGAAGUAGCCAGGCUUGAAGCAGAGCUGCGCACUCCUGACCCUUCAAGGGAAAAGGACAUGAAAAUUCAGGAGAUGGAGAUGGAAAUGGAGGAGCUGAAACGCCAAAGAGAUCUUGCACAAUUUGAGGUGGAUGAAUUGCGCAGAAAACUUCAAGAGGAUAGACAGGAUUCUAGCACAUUGGAAUCACCCUGCCCAUCGGUGAAGAAGUGUCUCUCUUAUUCUGAUGCAUCCUUGCCAAAUCUCGACAGCAAGGAGCCAAGCCGCUGUGAUAGAACCAGGAAGACGAUGCUAAGGCAGUCAAUGAGGCAAUCAUCAGCUGCACCUUUCACGUUGAUGCAUGAAAUUCGCAAACUUGAACACCUUCAGGAGCAACUUGGAGAAGAAGCAAAUCGAGCUCUGGAAGUACUCCAGAAGGAGGUGGCUUGUCAUAGACUGGGUAACCAAGAUGCAGCUGAGACAAUUGCUAAACUGCAAGCAGAAAUCAGGGAAAUGCGCACUAUCCAACCAGUUCCAAAAGAAAUUGAAGCUGGAAGUGUCGUAGCUCCUAACAAGAGUGUCAGUGCUAAUCUCAAGGAUGAAAUAACAAGGCUUCAUUCACAGGGCAGCACUAUAGCAGAUCUUGAAGAGCAGCUCGAAAAUGUUCAGAAGUCUAUAGACAAAUUAGUAAUGUCUCUCCCAAACAAUAAUCCACAAUCAAACUGUGAAGUAACUCCCAAGGCUAAGAAUCAACAGAAGAAGAAAAAGAUACUUCCUUUGGCUUCAAGUAACGGCUCUAACAGACAGAAUUUUAUAAGGUCUCCUUGCUCUCCUCUAUCAACUUCUCGGCAAAUUUUGGAAAAAGAGAUUGAGAAUAGAGAUCCGUACAAUGAUGACAUUGUAAUCAGUGAUACCCUGCCAGAGUCUGAGAAAGAGACUCGUAGAAAGAAUGAAGAAGGUGGGGAUGUCUCAUCAAGAGAAGGGACACCUGGCUAUCGGCGCUCAAGUUCAGUGAACAUGAAGAAAAUGCAGAAGAUGUUUCAGAAUGCAGCAGAGGAGAAUGUCAGAAACAUAAGAGCCUAUGUGACUGAACUUAAAGAACGUGUGGCGAAAUUGCAAUACCAAAAGCAGCUACUUGUUUGCCAGGUGCUUGAGCUCGAAGCAAAUGAAGCAGCUGGAUAUAAUAUAGAGGAGGAGGAGGAGAAUAUAAAUGAGCAAGAGGAGCCCCAAGUUUCGUGGCAUGUAACUUUUAGGGAGCAAAGACAGCUGAUCAUUGAGUUGUGGGAUGUGUGCUAUGUGUCCAUCAUCCAUAGGACACAGUUUUAUUUGUUAUUCAGUGGUGACCCUGCUGAUCAAAUAUACAUGGAGGUGGAGCUAAGACGCUUGACUUGGUUGCAGAAGCAUUUGGCAGAACUUGGCAAUGCAAGCCCAGCUCAUUUUGGAGAUGAGUCUACAAUAUCACUGUCAUCAAGUAUUAGAGCAUUGAAACGUGAAAAGGAGUUCCUUGCAAAAAGGUUGGCAUCACGUCUGACGAUGGAAGAGAGAGAUGCAUUAUACAUCAAAUGGAAUGUCCCACUUGAUGGGAAGCAGAGAAGGCUGCAGUUUGUUAACAAACUGUGGACAGAUCCUCAUGAUGCCAAUCAUAUACAGGAGAGUGCUGAUAUAGUGGCAAAACUUGUAGGGUUCUGUGAAGGAGGAAACAUGUCAAAGGAGAUGUUCGAACUCAAUUUUGCACUGCCAACAGAUAAGAGACCAUGGAUUAUGGGCUGGAACCCAAUUUCAAACUUUCUACAUUUGUGAGAAACACUUCUCUUUGUUUGCAAGAUCCCUUUCUGUACACUGUAAAGGAAUUUUGGAGUUUCUCUCCAAGCAUUCAAGAUUCUUUUUUAUUAUGGUGUGAUCAAUUGAGCGCACUGUGGAUGAUGAUGGUUUGGGAUAGUUAUUUCAUCUUCAUAUUUCAAUAAAAAGGAAUCAUCAAUUCGUUUAGUGUU